GUCACACACAACUACAAGUCGAAGGCGCCAUGUUUAUUGAAAACGUAACGUAAACGGAAAGAGAGUUGGCUGAUUUUUUUUUUAAAUAACUAUAGCGAAAGUGCGAUGUUAUUUACUUAAGUUUGUAUUCUCAUUCGUAAUAAGAAAAGUUUCGUGAGUCUUACUUCUAGUUUUAUCAUUAAAACAUAAAAUAUGGCUAUGCCAUCAGAACACCCUCGUAAUUUUCGUCUUUUUGUGACCGAUGUAGACGGUGAGGGCCAUUUUCUUAGGAUUAGCGGGCAAGUUGAUCAUCAAGCUUCAUUGAUGAUAGAGAGUUUAUUCGAUGCCGCCCGAGCAAAUCUAGAAAAAGGCGUAGGAGCAGUUCCACCGGCCGCUAUUCAUGAAGGUGCCAUUUGUGCCGCCAAAUACAAAGAUGGUACUUACUACAGAGCAAAAGUAAUAAAUACAGCUAGUCUAAGCAACGGCUUAGUUGGCGUGCACUUCAUCGACUAUGGAAACAAAGAUAUGAUUUCGUUGAGCGCUAUACGUUUCUUCGACAACUACGACCCCUUGUUCUUGCAGCUACGCGGUCAAGCCACUGACUAUUAUUUAUCUGGAGUCAUGAAUCCGUCCGGAAGGUGGGAGGAGCCGCAUCUAUUAAAACUUCAGAGCCUGCUCUGUUACGCAGAAUAUUCGGCAACAGUCGAGGCGCAAACUCGUACGUCUACUAUUAUAUCUAUUCAAUUUAAAGGCACUGAUUUAUCAACACAUCUUUUGUCGAUUCGGUUUGGUGUAGCUAUACCAUUAGCGAAGCAAGAAGUGCUUCUACUUCAACUUUCAAGUGACAAUCAGCAAGCUGCUCACAGGCCGCCUAGUUUCGUGUCGGAACAACCAAAUUUUCCUGAACAUGUACCGUUUUUAUUAAACCAGAACUUUCCAUCGAACCCUGCAUCCACAAUGCGUCUGCAGCAAAAUGUUUCUUUGCCUUUUAAUGGGAGCAUACCAAUGACUCCAUCUCUGAUUGGCCAACGCCUGUUAGUGAACAAGGCUUCUAGAAAUCCAGGAAACCUCAGAGCACCAUCACGUCAACCUCAACAUGCUCCAGAGAACUCAAUAGUGAACACUGCAGCACCUCCACCACCCAUAGCUGUUGCAAAUAAACCAGCUUCUCCAAAAAAAUCAACAACUUUUAAAAGUAGACUUUUGGAAAUAAAUUCUCAUCAUAAAGUGUUUAUCUCAUCUGCUGAUGAUGGUCCAGAACUGUUUGCAGUACAGCUUGUAAAUGAUGCUAAUAAGCUGCAGGAUAUGAUGGAUGAUAUUAAUAAGCGACCUCACAGCAGUUUGACAGAGCCACCCAUGAUUGGCACAGUGUGCCUUGGCAGGAUGUCUGGUGACCGUGUAAUAUGCAGAGCUAUAGUUAUGAAUCUAUCUGGAUCCCAAUGUAAGCUGUUCUUUGUUGACUUUGGUGACACAGACAUGGUGUCAUACUAUGACAUUUUUGAUAUACCUGAGGAGUUUGUUAAGCCUAAUGUGUUUGCUAUGAGAUUUUGUUUGUCUGGUGUUAAAAAAUUGGAGAAAGGACCACAUUUAAAUGAGACAUUCAAGCAGUUGGUGAAUGGGAAGAUAAUGACAUUGAAAGUGGUGGCACCAGAGGGCCCUCCACUGAUACAAUAUGGAGAAUUGUAUUUGGACAAUAAGAAUGUUUUGGACUUGCUGAUGGCAAACAUGAAGGAUAAGUUGCAGUUCAAGUGGAUUGAAAUGCUGCCCCUGAAUACCAGGAAGUCAGUUCUUGUUUCAUAUGUAGAUAGCUGCAUUAAGUUCUAUGUGCAACUGUCCGAUAAGAUAGAUGACUUGAAUGCUGUGAUGGAAGCCGUCAGAACUCACUGUGAGAACAGUUCUUCCCCUGGAGAGCUACCAGUCGGGGCAGCAUGCUGUGCCCGGUUCCCUGAUGACAAUAACUGGUACAGAGCGAGGGUUAGGGACAACAGGGGAAAUAAAGUGGUUGUAACUUACGUAGACUACGGGAAUGAGCAGGAAGUGGAUGUUUCUGACCUGAGGACUAUCACUCCAGAAUUAAUUAAACUGCCAGCACAAGCACUAAAGUGUGCUCUGAAGGGUUUUGAAAACAGACCAGUGGAGACAAAGACUUCUAACCAACUGGAAAUGCUGGCUUUAGAGAAGACUUUGACUGCAACUAUUGUUGGCAUACUGUCCAGUACCAUGAUUGUGUCAUUAAUAGAUGAGACUGUCAACCCACCUCUAGAUGUAGCCAGAAGGAUGAACCAGUUGUCACAGCCAAGAAGUUCACAUGAGAUAAAAGCAACCACACCCGUCCGUAAAGACGCACCAGAAAGCUUCAGUUCACCGGAGAGCGUGUCCGAUGACGGCAAGAAGAAGAGCUUCAGAAGGGAAAAGAGCUUCAAAGAAGACAAGAGACCUCCUAGAGAAGGCAACGAGGACUUCCCACAAAGAGGGGGCAGCUUCCGCGGCAGAGACAACAAAGAAAGCUUCGAUCGGGCUGGACCGGGCCGGCAUAGUGAGAAAUUUGGCGGUAGACCGGACCGCGGCGAUCGACCACACAAUGACAGAAGAGGAGGAGGGCCACCUCGCGAGAACAAUGCUCCUCCACAAUCCGUUGGUGAUGACGAGUGGGAAGACCCGCCCGCGCAACCCGCUUUCCAACCUCCGCCAAACAGGCACAACUACAGGGAGAGAGAUGGCAACCCAAGGGACAGAGAUAAUAAUCCUAGAGAACGCGAUAACAAUCCAAGAGACCGAGAAAACAACCCGAGAGACAGAAGAAAGCCUAGGUCGGAACAUCACGAUAAAGGGCAGAAACCUGUUUGGAAGAAAGACUCGGGCGGGGUCGGUAAGAGGCUAAGGCAGGCUGCGGAGGCCGCCUCUCUCGACGCUCAAAACGCCCACCCUAAGGGCUCCGUACAGGAUAGACUGAAACGGGAAAAUAGGUAUAAUCAACAUGACGAUCGAGAAGAAAGACGGAAUGAUGACUGGGGACAUAAAUCCGGGCGAGAAAACCGUUUCGAACGCUCUGAUCGUCCCGAUCGGCCCGAUCGACGCGACAACCGCGGCGACAGGCGCGACAACUGGGGAGACAAGAAAGAGAACUUCCACCAGAAGAAAGAGUUCCGUACUGACAGACCGCCACGGAGCAACUUCUCCCCCAGAGACCGAGCAGAGCGGUCAUUCGGAUCAGACGACAGGAAAUCUGACAAGAGCUUCAGAUCUCAAGACGGCGAUAGAGAGAACAUGGGCCGAGCCCCGCCUUACAAGAGCCGCAGUAAGUUUACUCAGGUCCAAUAUAAGGAGCUGCCCGAUCCCGUGCCCUUGACAACACAGUUCGUUGAACCCACUGUAGAAAUUGGCGCUCAGCACGAAGUAUCUGUCACCUGGAUUAUAUCCCCCGACAGCUUCUACACCCAGAUCAUGUCGUUACAACCUAAAUUCCUUGAGAUGAUGCACAAGAUACCUGAGUUGUAUAAAGGUGUGAAGUCAUACACUGGUGAUGUCCCCGUCGGGGGGUCAGUGCUAGCUCGCUAUCCUGUUGAUGGCGUGCUGUACCGGGCGACCAUAGUAUGCGUACAACCAUUCUCGAAAUUCAUUGUUCGGUACGUCGACUUCGGAAAUAAACAACUCGUCGAUGCGAAAGACAUUUGGCAGUUAGACAGACAGUUAAUGGACUUACCUAAGAUGGCUGUCCACUGUUCAUUGGUUGGGGUAAUGCCUAUGGAUGGUGAAUGGAAGGCUGAUCCCGAGAUUGACUUGUGUUUCAACGCGCCGCGGUACCAGUGCGUGUUCCAAGAGUUUGUUGAGGAGCAGUACAAGGUGUCGCUGUGGAAUAACGGCGCUAGUGUAGUCGACAUGCUGGUUGAGAAACAGCUGGCCAAGCUAUCUGAACAUCAGACUUCUGUUACCUUGAAAGAUGAAGCUAUCGACCUGACGAUAAUAGUUGGCCAGCAGAUCCUAUGUAAAGUCACUCAUGUGGAAUCCUAUGAGAAGUUCUUUGUGCAACUGGACUUGGAGAAGGCGGCGCUUGUGGAGGAGGCUAUCGCCAACUUUGACACCAACAAAUUAACUCCACUGAACGCAGAAAGCUUAGCUGACGGUAUCCACUGCACGUUAAAACACGACGGUAAAAUAUAUCGCGCAAUAUUGUUGGAAGUAGCCGAUACAGCCAACAUUAAAGCUGUUUUGCCAGACUACGGCAUGACUAUCACUACAGCUUUAGACAAGCUCAUGAUACUACCAACAGAACUGAGUGUAUAUUACUACCAAUCAUUGGAGUGCUCCCUUAACAACUACACAGCUGAAUCUAAAACAUUGAUAAGUCUUGAAGAUCUGAAGAGCAAGCUGACUGGCAAUAAAGUCAUUAUCUAUAUCAACUUUGUAGAUGGCAUCAGCUUGGUAUCAACUCUAUACGACAGUAUCACCGGCCAAAAGAUCGCUAUAUUCGAACCCGAUGAGGGCGCGUACGAUGAAGUCGUCCAACUGUGCAUGAGAUCAGUCUUUAACUACAACUUCGGCCUAGCAUACAUAUCCCAUGCAGAAAACCUGAACGAGUUCUACCUGCAGAAAUCUACAGAUGGAGACAGGAUCGCCAUCUUGCUAGACGAACUUUAUAAAUUCUAUGAAGAGGGUACUCCUAAGCCUCUUACUAGUUUCGAAGAAGAAAGCAUAUGUGUGGCUCACUCAGCAGAUGGUAACUGGUACCGCGCAACAAUUCUCAGCGCCGAAGAUACUCAGGUCAAAGUCCAGUACACUGACUAUGGUAACACAGAAACAUUACCUAAAGAAUCUCUCAAAAUAUUAGAUCCUAAAUUCUUCGAACCCUGCGCUCUCGCCCUAGUAGCUAGCUUAGGUCUCGUAGCUCUUCAAGACGACGCUCUCGCCAAACUAAAGGAAUGGACCAAUGAAAAGGAAGUCCAAGUAACAUUGGCCUUCGGUACUGACGGUUGGCUCGCAAGCUUGCAUUUAGACGGCGUUGACCUUUCUAUGAAACUCGUCAACGAAAAGUUAGCUACACCGCAAAUCAUGUCCAAUGAGGAACAAAAAGUUGAAGAACCAGUUGCAGAACCAAUUUCAUUGCCUGAAGGCUGCACACAAGUGUACAUAAGCCACAUAGAUACACCUGGACACUUCUGGUUGCAAAUGGCUGACAAAGUUGACAAGAUUGAAGAAAUACAGAGUGAGCUUCAAUCUAAUGCUGACUCGUAUGCCGAUAUUGAUGUACGCGAAUUAGGUACAAUUUGUGCAGCGAAAUAUUUGGCUGAUGAUUUGUGGUACCGAGCUGAAAUCCUUGACUCUGAUUCCGAUAUAACAACGGUCCGUUUCAUCGAUUAUGGAAAUACGGAUGUGCUAGACAACCAGCCAGGUUUGAUAAAGGUUCUGCCAGAUCAUUUGAAGGAAAUUGAACGCUAUGCCGUCAAGACUAGCGUUAACGCCGUGCCUACCGGCACAGGACAGUGGUCGGAGCCCUCUUCUGACUAUUUCACACAGCUUGUCGGUGAUUUGGCUAACCCUGUAGAUGCUUUAAUUGUACUUAAGGAUGUGACAACCUACGUCGACAUCUAUGUCAACGGACAGAACCUGACCGACAAAUUAGUUUCAGAAGGUCAUGCAAGCAGGUCUGAAGAAACCGAUUGCGGUGACUUGCCGUCUUGCUUCGCUAGUCAUGUUAACUCGCCUUCUGAGUUUUGGAUACAAUUAGAAACAGCAACAUCUGAAUUGCAAGCAAUGGAAGCCGCUAUGGUUGACGCCGAAAACUUCCCAGAACUGACAGACAAGGAGGAAGGUGUGAUAUGCGCGGCUAAGUACCCAGAAGAUGGUGCUUGGUACAGGGCGCAGGUCAUCGUCGACGGCUCAGAGGGAACCGAAGUGCUGUUUAUGGAUUACGGCAACGCAUCUAUCGCCAACGAAUUAAGAAGUCUUCCAGAUGAACUUAAAGUUAAACCCGCUCUUUCAAGAAAAUGUGCCUUACAAAAAGCACGUGAUAUUAAAUGGUCGCGUAAGUCUGAAAUCAAGUUUAACGAACUGGCAGCUGAAGGAGCCACUAUAUUUAAUGUGCAGUUUAUUGCGUCAGGUGAUAUAUCUAUUGUAGAGUUAUACCAUGAGGGUAAAUCUGUAACUGAAGAAUUAGUAGGCCUCUGCGAAGAAUCGCCGGCUGAGAGACCAACACCAAUUGGACAAGAUUUACUUAGCAAUGGCAAAAUCUGCUACGUCAAUAGUUUGGAGGAGUUUUAUGUUCAUUUUGACUCGGCGACGUCCGAGCUGGAUAAGGUUACUGUCAGGAUGAACGACGCUCCUGAGUUCGAACCUGCUUCUGAACUGAAGGUUGGUGCACUUUGCGCUGCAUUUUGGGCAGAAGAUGAACAGUGGUACAGGGCCAGAGUGUUGGAAUUUUGUGAUGGAGGCUACCAUGUGCAGUUUGUUGACUAUGGAAACAAAGCCAAAUGCGAGGAAUUUAGACAGUUGCCUGAAGAUCUUGCGGCAAUUGAACCAUUGUCGAAAUGCUGCCGCUUGUCCACCGUAUUCAGUGACGAAGUGCUACAUGAAGGUGCCAAAAAUAAACUUGAUGAGCUCACUAUAGAAGACACAACAUUCCAGAUUGAAUUAUUAGAUAGUACAAAAGAUCCUAUUCUUGUCAAACUGUUAGUAAAUGGUCAAGAUUUUAUUUCCCUAGUCUCACCUGACAACAUGCUCAAAAAGGAGGAAUCUUUGAUUAGCAAAGCAGCUGACUCAACUGUGGAAACUGCUAACGAACACUCUGAACUUAAUACGUCACAAGCAGACCUUGACGAAAGCAUGGAGAGCAACCACACUGUCAUUGAGAACAAAUCCUUUGAGACGAAAUCUGAUGACUUAGCUGAGAAGGAUGAAGUAUCUGUUGAAAGUCCCGCAAAAGAUUGCUCUACGGAAACUAUCGGAAACACCGACCAGACUUUACAGUCAUCCGAUCACGACGAAUCUAAAGAUUCUAUUAGCACAGAAACUGAAAAUAUUAGCACUGAAGAGGCCACUCUAGAAACGAGUUCAGAAAAAGAAAAAGUUACAGAAAAUUUAACAGUUGAAUCCACUAAGGACGUAAAAGAAGCCGUUGAAAAAGAAAUAAAUGUUAAAGAAGAAAAAUCAACUGUAGAUAAGAGGACAGAAAACAAAACUCCAGUGGAAGAAGUUGAGACAAAAGAAAAAACCGAUGACAAGGGAGUUGUAACUGAAAACAAUGCAGAACCUGAAAAACCUACAGAAAAGACUGUAGAAAGCAAAGACCCACCCUCUGAAAAUAUAACAGAGACAAAAAAAGAUGAUAAAGUAACAGUGACAGAGACACCGGCUGACAAAUUGACUGAAACCAGUGAAGAAAAGACGUCUGAAAAGUAGAUUUAAGGCAUUGUAUAUACAACAAAAAUAAGUAUUCUUAGUGAGGCAACACCAAUAACUUUAUAUUGUGUAUAAAUAAAUCUCUUAGACUUAGAGCAAUAUAUGUUGUGACUAGAGAAUGUUGACGCUUGGAUAUUUUAGUCAUCAACAUUGUUGGUCAAACCAAUGUUAUAUUGGCGCUAUGCUCACUAGCAGUUCUCGUACGAAGUACACUAUACAAUAAUAUACUUAGAUGUGACUAUGUAUGUUUGUAUUUUUGCAUAUUUUUUACUAUUUUUCUUGAUUUGGUUGUAAUAGUCCAAAAUGGAUGUGAAACAACCACUACGAAAAAUUAAUAAUAAGUAAAACCAGUCUGUGACUGUAGAUAGUGAUUUUAGAUUUUGUUAUAACUAUGUUAUCCUUCAUCGUAGGUGAUUCCUAGAUUACCAAUAUAAAUUUGUUUACCUUUGAUUUAUUUUCGUUGUAAUACUCAUUUUUAUUAUAUUCAUAAGUGUUUUUUUAAACGGUAUCACAUUAGUUCGGUAAACCACAUGAGACAUGACACUAGUGUAUCACAAUUUAUUGCAUACAGUAUGAAGUCUUUUUGAAUGUACAUACAUAAUUUAUAUUACACAUUCCCUUCAUUGAACAACAUUAGUUUUUAUAAUCGCCCUUCACACCUCUGAUACCGAAAUUAGAUUGUCAAUUUUUUUUUUUUUGUUUUAAUCAUCUUAACCCAUUCGCUGCCGA